UUUGGGCGAUUCGAGCUCUUGGCCCGCGUCCCUGGAUUCUAAUUUCUGGGUCGACGUCAUUGCGGGACCAACCCACAACCUUGGAAUCCGACGACAACCUCUCAACCAGGGAACUGCGCGCGUGUGGCUUUUCUCAUUUUGGAGUUCUAGACCCGUGCUCUUGACAGAAUAAUAAGAGGGGCGUUGGACACCAACUUCAACGGGUUCCUGCAUUUGCAAUUUAAGGCCCGAAGAUCAUAACACAGAGGCCAGUUCACAACCCGAAAUCCGUCCCGAGUUCCAGAGAGAUCAUGGCCGAAACAGGGCUCCUGCGGUCGUUCCUGGCGGCCGUGCAGGCCAGCCUGUCGGUCCUGCUCGUCAUGUCUUACGGCGGCAUAGCAGCUCACUACAAGAUGAUCGACCGCCCGAACACGAAGGCUAUCUCCAAGAUAUGCGUGCGCAUGUUCCUGCCGGCGCUGCUGAUCACCAAACUGGGCGCCGAGCUCCGGGCCGAAUCCGCGCCUCGCUACGUCAGCAUCCUCGUGUGGGCCGUCAUCUGCCACGCCAUCUCGUUUCUGUUUGGCCUUCUGGGCCGCUUCGGCCUGGGCAUGCCCGACUGGGUGACCGUCGCGAUCCUCAUCAACAACACUACAAGCUACCCGCUCCUCCUCGUCACCGCCCUCGAGGACACGGGCAUCUUAGACCCGCUGCUGGGCUCGAACGAGAGCGCCAGGGACGCCAUCGAGAGGGCCAAGUCCUACUUCCUCGUCUUCUCGACCGUCUCCAACUGCAUUACCUUCGCCGUGGGUCCGCGCCUGAUCGAUUCCGAGCAUACGCCAGACGAGGACGAGCAAGAGGACAAGCCCGACGACGAUGCGACCAACGGGACGGAGCACGCGGACUCGCGAACCCCAGACGUGGAAGCCGCCAACGAGGAAACCCGACUACUGGAUUCCCACCUGCCGAACUCGGUCCACUCCCCGGCACCCUUACGUCGGAGCUCCUUCCUGCUGCCGUCCCACCCAAAAAAGGAAAAACCAGACAACCGCCGCCCGUGGUUCGUGCCGCGCAAGCGAUGGCACCAGCUCUCGCCGCGGGCCAAGUGGUGGCUGCUCUUCGCCGUCGACUUCUUCAACGCGCCGCUCGUGGGCGCCAUGCUCGGCGUCGUCAUCGGCAUGGUGCCCGCCUUCCACGCCGCCUUCUUCAACAGCUCCGACGAAGGGGGCAUCUUCACCGCCUGGCUGACCGCCUCGCUCAAGACCGUCGGCGGCCUGUUUGUCUCGCUGCCCGUCGUCGUGGCGGGCGUCACGCUGUUCUGCUCGACCCGCGAGGCGAGGCGGAACCACGAACGGAUUGUCUCCAACCUGCCGUGGGCCACGCUGGGUUAUGUCCUGUUCGUGCGCUUCAUCGCCUGGCCCGCGCUCUCCAUCGGCUCCAUCUACGUCCUGGCCACCAGGACCAGCCUGCUCGGCUCCGACCCGGUGCUCUGGUUCUGCCUGAUGGUGAUGCCCGCCGGGCCGAGCGCCAUGAAGUUGAUCACCCUUGUCCAGGUGGCGGAGGGGUCGAAGGACGAUGAGUCCCAUAUUGUUAGACUGCUCACGAUAUCCUACAUCAUCUCGCCCGUGCUCUCCCUUACUGUUGCUGGUAGCUUGCUCGCUAGUCAGGCUGCUAUUCAGAGGUGACCGAGGCAGGUAUCACGGCUGCUACUGAUGGUUUCGCUUCGAAUAAUCUCAAAAGCGACAGCUCGUCGGGUGACUACAGGUUCUAGCUUUCCGGCCCUGUUCCUGGCCUAUUA